AUGGUUUCGUGUUUAUUUUGCGGUCCCAAGUUGGCCGCCUGCGGUAUUGUCAUCAGCAUCUGGGGAGUCAUAAUGCUGGUAAUAUAACUUGUAACUUGAAGUAAAGUGGUUUUAGUUGCUUAUUAUCAGUAUGUGUACAUUGUAUGUGUACAGUGCUUGUUAAAAUAAUAGGUUAUUGAUAAGACAACCAAGAGAGUAUGGUAAUGUUGUUGUUUUUUUGCAUCGCAUAUGCCAAUGUGUGAUCCCCAGCCCAGAAACAUUACUAGCUAAUUUAUUACAGCUGAAUUGUAUAGCUAGCUAUCUCUUGGGGUGCCUCAUUAAGACAUAGACAGACAGGGACUGAUGGUGUUUGUUGUAGUCUUCUCCUACAGCCACUGACUAUGUUUCUUGUAGUCAAAUAAACUCUUUAGGUUUGAGAAGUUCCUCUUAUGACAUUCAUAUUCGUUGGAGUAUUAUGCACUGCACUGCUGAUACAAGCAAAGGAAGCCAUACUACUACUAAGUCAUUUGCUACCUACCAAUAAUCACAUUCUCUCACCCCAUCUCUCUCUCUCUCUCUCUCUCUUGCUCUUUAGGCAAUGUUGGGUAUUUUCUUCACCACCCACUCUGCAGUGCUGAUAGAGGAUGUGCCUUUCAAAGAGGAAGACAUGCACAACGAGUGAGUCCACACACACACGCAUACACAGUCAGUCUCUGGACACGUGACUCACAGUGGAAGAAUAGCUUCAGAAAUGUCACACACUCAGGAGACACACAAACGUGGCACUAAUGUAACAUAGGGGAGGAUACACAGUAGAGUAGUGUGUAUAUACAGGAUGGUUCGGGGUCAGCUUUCUCUCCCUCAAUCCUAUCCUUAUUGAUUAGGGGAGGAAACUCAAAACUGACCAUAGGAGGCCGGAUGCUGUCGUUUCUUUUAAAGGAAAAUACCACUCAAAGUAUCUUGUUUUUAUUUGUAUUUUUUAUUAGUCCACUGUUGAUACAGUGCCAAAAUGUUUUGAAUGUCAGCGGUCAAGUUUUCAAGAUGUACUAUUUUCAAGAAGUGUCACUUGCCACAGCGAUGCGUAUUGCAGCAAUCAUGAGAGCACCAGCUGUUCCGGAUGACUAUGUGAUCACGCUCUCCGUAGCCAAUGUGAGUAAGACUUUUAAGCAGGUCAACAUUCACAAGGCCGCAGGGCCAGACGGAUUACCAGGAUGUGUACUCCGAGCAUGUGCUGACCAACUGGCAAGUGUCUUCACUGACAUUUUCAACAUGUCCCUAACUGAGUCUGUAAUACCAACAUGUUUCAAGCAGACCACCAUAGUCCCCGUGCCCAAGGACACUAAGAUAACCUGCCUAAAUGACUACCGACCCAUAACACUGACGUCUGUAGCCAUGAAGUGCUUUGAAAGGCUGGUCAUGGCUCACAUCAACACCAUUAUCCCAGAAACCCUAGACCCACUCCAAUUUGCAUACCGCCCCAACAGAUCCACAGAUGAUGCAAUCUCUAUUGCACUCCACACUGCCCUUUCCCACCUGGACAAGAGAAACACCUACGUGAGAAUGCUAUUCAUUGACUACAGCUCAGCAUUCAACACCAUAGUGCCCUCAAAGCUCAUCACUAAGCUAAGGAUCCUGGGACUGAACACCUCCCUCUGCAACUGAAUCCUGGACUUACUGACGGGCCGCCCCCAGGUGGUAAGGGUAGGUAACAAUACAUCUGCCACACUGAUCCUCAACACGGGGGCCCCUCAGGGGUGCGUGCUCAGUCCCCUCCUGUACUCCCUGUUCACCCAUGACUGUAUGGCCAGGCACGAUUCCAACACCAUCAUUAAGUUUGCCGACGACACAACAGUGGUAGACCUGAUCACCGACAACGAUGAGACAGCCUAUAGGGAGGAGGUCAGAGACCUGGCCGUGUGGUGCCAGGAUAACAACCUCUCCAUCAACGUGACCAAGACAAAGGAAAUGAUUGUGGACUACAGGAAAAAAAAGAGGACUGAGCACGCCCCCAUUCUCAUCGACGGGGCUGUAGUGGAACAGGUUGAGAGCUUCAAGUUCCUUGGUGUCCACAUCACCAACAAACUAUCAUGGUCCAAACACACCAAGACAGUCGUGAAGAGGGCACGACAAAGCCUAUUCCCGCUCAGGAGACUGAAAAGAUUUGGCAUGGGUCCUCAGAUCCUCAAAAAAUUAUACAGCUGCACCAUCGAGAGCAUCCUGACUAGUUGCAUCACCGCCUGGUAUGGCAACUGCUCAGCCUCCGACCGCAAGGCACUACAGAGGGUAGUGCGUACGGCCCAAUACAUCACUGGGGCCAAGCUUCCUGCCAUCCAGGACCUCUAUACCAGGCGGUGUCAGAGGAAGGCCCUCAAAAUGGUCAAAGACUCCAGCCACCCUAGUCAGACUGUUCUCUCUGCUACCGCAUGGCAAGCGGUACUGGAGUGCCAAGUCUAGGUCCAAAAGACUUCUCAACAGCUUCUACCCCCAAGCCAUAAGACUCCUGAACAGCUAAUCAUGGCUACCCAGACUAUUUGCACUGCCCCCCACCCCCACCCCAUCUUUUUACGCUGCUGCUACGCUGUUAAUUAUUUAUGCAUUGUCACUUUAACUCUACCCACAUGUACAUAUUACUUCAACUACCUCAACUAGCCGGUGCCCCCGCACAUUGACUCUGCACCGGUACCCCCCUGUAUAUAUAGCCUCCCUACUGUUAUUUAAUUUUACUUCUGCUCUUUUUUUUCUCAACACUGUUUUGUUGUUUUAUUUUACUUUUUUAUUUAAAAAAUAAAUGCAUUGUUGUUUAAGGGCUGUAAGUAAGCAUUUCACUGUAAUGUCUACACCUGUUGUAUUCGGCGCAUGUGGCCAAUAAAAUUUGAUUUGAUGGGGCAAGAUACACUUUGCUUCUUGAUAGUUCAAUAUCUCAAAAACUUGACUGCUGACAUGCAAAACAUUUUGGGACUGUAUCAACAGUGGACAACAAAUACCAAAAUAUCGUUUUUGAGUGGAAUUUUCCUUUAAGUGUUUUGACUUACUUGCCUUGAUUUAUUACUUUAAGCUCCUUGUGGAGCAGAGGGCUUCAACAGUGCAUCUCCAGCGUUUUUAGUGUCUUCGUUUUUCCAAUUUGUGUCACAUGUCCCCUUCCCACUCUUUGUCACCCCUUGACCUCUGUCCCCCUCUCUUUCUCCCACUCUCUAUUACAGUCAAAACCCUCCCCACAACAUCUACAACCUCUAUAACCAGGUUGGAUACAACUGUUUCAUUGCAGCGGGUAUCUACGUGCUGGUUGCCGCUCUCUCCUUCUGCCAGAUUAAACUCAACCAUCGCAAGGAGUACAUGGUGCGCUAG